CAAACAGGUAAAAAUAUUGACAAAGAAAUCUACAUUGUACCUUUAUUUAUUAUACCCAAAAAUUUCUGUAAUUGCGUUUAUCACUGAUAACACCAAGCUGAACUUGCUGCAAAUUUGGGUGUAAGUUAAAAUGCCUGCAACGAAGAUCAGAACUCAAGUAAAAUAUCAGAAGAUUUCUAACGAUGAUGGCUACAUUGACGCACAGUUUAUCAAGCCACCCCCAAAGGUACCUUGGAAGGCAUUAGUGUUGGCCUUUUUCUUAUUCACCAUAGGAACGCUUUUACUUGUUUUUGGAUCCUUGCUCUUUACAGGCUAUUUUGAUGUCAAGUACGCUGAUCGUACUUAUCCACUGUUGAUUCUGGGUUCCCUUAUGUUCAUCCCUGGUUUCUAUCAUGUCAGAAUAGCAUAUUAUGCUUGGAAAGGUUACAGAGGAUAUUCGUUUGAAGAUAUCCCUGACUUUGAUUGACUGCAUGGUAAUAUAUAUGUUUCAAUACUGCUUCAAGUGUAAAGUACAGCUCAGAUCAGAUCAGCUCCUGUGGCAUCAGCAACACUCAAGAAUGCAAGAAAUCAAAUACAUGGUUUGGAUAACAGAGGAGAAAGAAAACAACGUGCCUCUUGCUACCACUGCCAGAAAUUCUGGAGCAAACAAAUUUCACACCAGAUAGCUCGAAAAGACCACUAUAGUGAUAAGAGCAUGUCUCCAAUUUGGAGAUUGUUGUAUUUUGUUAGUCAAUAUAAUUUGGAUUAUGGCUGAUGGCAAUAGCUGGGCAACUGGUUAUUGAUAAAGUAACAAAACAGUGUUUCUGUACAUGAGUAAGUGUAAGAACAACAACAGAUUACUUUGCAAGCUCAAGACUUCAAUCAGUUGAUAGCAAACACCUGUAAAAGGAAGGAAGAUUUAUGAGACAGUGUAGAAAGUGCACAAAUAUACAGAAGAUGAACUGGUUGUUUUAAAAUGAGCAUCAUUUAUGCAACUACAUGUAUUUUGCUGUCAGUCCAGCUUAAUGAAACCUUGUGAAGCCAACAUAAUAAAGGUACAGGUUGAGGUUGGA